CAAGCAUUACUACUCCUAUUUGCGGAGAAGAAAACCGAGGUUCAGAGUGCUGGCACAUCCAGGAUCACACUAUAGACCUCUGGUUAGUCCUGGGAAAGAAGACAUCCUACGUGAGCGUUCGGCGCAUGCCAGACAUAAUCCUUCAAGGGCGACCCGCUGUAGCCAUGGUGAGCGAGUCCUUGGGGCCUGGCACUGGGGUUCCCUGGCGGAGAAGCGACGAGGCUCUGCGCGUGAACGUGGGCGGCGUGCGGCGGCUGUUGAGCGCGCGCGCCCUGGCGCGCUUCCCGGGCACGCGGCUGGGUCGCCUGCAGGCCGCAGCGUCGGAGGAGCAGGCGAGGCGCCUGUGCGACGACUACGACGCGGCGGCGCGCGAGUUCUACUUCGACCGGCACCCGGGCUUCUUCCUGGGCCUGCUGCACUUCUACCGCACCGGCCGCCUGCACGUGCUCGACGAGCUGUGCGUCUUUGCCUUCGGCCAGGAGGCCGACUACUGGGGCCUGGGCGAGAGCGCGCUGGCCACGUGCUGCCGCGCGCGCUACCUGGAGCGGCGCGUGACGCGGCCGCGCGCCUGGGAUGAGGACAGCGACACGCCGAGCAGUGUGGACCCGUGCCCCGACGAGAUCUCGGACGUGCAGCGCGAGCUGGCGCGCUAUGGCGCGGCGCGCUGCGGUCGCCUGCGCCGCCGCCUCUGGCUCACCAUGGAGAACCCGGGCUACUCGCUGCCCAGCAAGCUUUUCAGCUGCGUCUCCAUCGGCGUGGUGCUGGCCUCCAUCGCCGCCAUGUGCAUCCACAGCCUGCCGGAGUACCAGGCCCGCGAGGCGGCGGCCGCCGUGGCUGCGGUGGCUGCUGGCCGCAGCACGGAAGAAGUGCGCGACGACCCGGUGUUGCGACGCCUGGAGUACUUCUGCAUCGCCUGGUUCAGCUUCGAGGUAUCGUCACGCCUUCUUCUGGCGCCCAGCACGCGCAACUUCUUCUGCCACCCGCUCAACCUCAUAGACAUCGUGUCGGUGCUGCCCUUCUAUCUCACGCUGCUGGCUGGCGCAGCGCUCGGUGGCCGGGGCGGCGGGAGCGGCGAGGAGCUAGGCGACCUGGGCAAGGUGGUGCAGGUUUUCCGCCUCAUGCGCAUCUUCCGGGUACUGAAAUUGGCACGCCACUCCACUGGACUGCGCUCCCUGGGCGCCACGCUCAAGCACAGCUACCGCGAGGUGGGCAUCUUGCUGCUGUACCUGGCCGUGGGGGUGUCUGUGUUCUCCGGCGUGGCCUACACAGCUGAGGAGGAGAACGUGGGCUUUGACACCAUCCCCGCCUGCUGGUGGUGGGGCACAGUGAGCAUGACCACUGUGGGCUACGGGGACGUGGUGCCUGUGACAGUGGCUGGCAAGCUGGCAGCCUCCGGCUGCAUCCUCGGUGGCAUCCUGGUGGUGGCGCUCCCUAUCACCAUCAUCUUCAACAAGUUCUCCCACUUCUACCGGCGCCAGAAGGCUCUGGAGGCGGCCGUCCGCAACAGCGGCCACCAAGAGUUUGAGGACUUGCUGAGCAGCGUUGACGGGGUGUCAGAGGCAUCGCUGGAGACAUCCCGAGAGACCUCUCAGGAGGGACGGUCCACAGACCUGGAGAUGCAGGCCCCCCGUGCACCUCCAAACUCUCAGAGUUAUUAAAACCAGGAUCCGCGUCCCCGGUGCACCCCCAAGUCAGCUGAAACAGAGCGGAUUGUUCCCUGUGCAAGCUCUUCAUGAGAGGGAGCCUCUUGGGACCCUUGGCCUGAGAAAUGAAACCUGGGCUGCAUAUCUCCCUCCAAAGGCCCAGGCCAGCACAGUGCCACCUAGAUGCUGUGCGCCCACAGAGCCACUUGGACACCCUGAUUAACCAGCCUCCCCAGCCAGGAAGCAGGCAUGAGCCAGAGGAUGAAGUGGAAGGAUGGGGACGUUCUGAGCACCUCUCCUGCGCUGGCCCAGUUUGUCCCUGUGCUGCGAGAUGAGAACUGCCUCACUUCACAGAUUAGGAGGCUGAGGUCUGGGGGGGAGUGUCUCACCCAAAUGUGGAGUCAGGUGUGAAGUCUGUGUUUGUGGUCGGCCCCCACAAACGUUUCAUCCACCCCACUCCUCUGCUCUCACCAGGUUUGAUGUGAUUUUAGGGGGUCUGGGGUUCCCCAGAGUUCAUGCAUAGGGUGAGAAUGCUCUGUCAGGGAGGGAAAGGAACAGAUGGGAUUCGGAGGUAGGAGACCUGGACCUCAGCUGUGGUUCUUUCCUGGGAGCUGAAGGGACGCAGCUCUUGAAUGAGUCCUGGGGGAAGGGAACUGCCUCCUAAGCCCAGGUGCAGGAUUUGCUGGGCAGUACCCUCCCGCCAUUCUUCCCAGGGCAGACUUGAGAGCAGAUCUGAAGCGGCCCUGGCCUGAGGCCUGAGGCCUAGACUGAGACCCAGCUGUGGACCUACUGUGAGCCAGCUCCUGGUCCUGGCUCGUGACCCAGGGGGAGAUGAAAGCCAAGUGGAGCAGAGGAGGCACAGACUUAAAGCCAGCUUAGCUCUGAAAUGUCAGAGGCAGGGCUUCCGUGCAUGUCCCCAUACUGACUACGGCUGUCCCCUUCUACCCACCACACACACAUCCAGCCCUCCUUGAGAAGCCAAGGUAAAAACUUGAGACUCCUGUCUGUCCCAGGGCUAGCUCUGGCCUGUCCUCCUUUGCUGGGGGUAAAUCUUUCAUACUCCCUUGCCUACUCCUCUCUCCACUUGUGGAGAGAGCUGGGAAGUGUUCUCAUGGCCCUUUCCACGGACACUGGCUAGAGCGCCAUCACUGUACCAUCAUGGCCACUCUGAGCCUCAGGAUGGAAGGUAUCGUUUGGCUGAACCCAGGCUUGGGCCAGAGGAGGUACUUGGUACAUGUUGACCAGAUUGACCGAUUCCUAUAGCCUUUGGAUGCCAAGCAUUGAGCUGGGAGAAGAAAUAGCCAGACAGGGAGAGAUUCUGGAUGCUCUUGAAAGAGUGUGUGAACAAGACCAAAAAGGAGGCCAUUCAACUCUGCUUCCCCUGGCCCUCCUUGAUUUUUUUGAGGUUUUAAUUUUUAUUUAUUAUUUUGUGGUACUGGGGAUUGAAUCUAGAGUGUCACACAUGCUAGGCAAUGCCCUAGCACUGAGCAAUGUCCCUAGUCCUUCUUUUUAAAGAAAGGGUCUUACUAAAUGCCUGAGGAUGGCCUAUAACUUGUGAUCCUUCCGUGUAGCCUCCUGAGUAGCUGGGAUUACAACAUGUGCAUCAUGCCUGGCAGUUUUUGAGAAUUUUCUUUUUUUUUUUUAGAAUGACCUCCUUGUAGGUUCUUCACUCCCUCAUUCAACAGAUCUUUAUAGGAAGAGUCAUGAGCUGGGGGCUUUCCAUGUGGCAUAUGGACAUAUUUUGUUCAGCUGAGCAUUAAUUUUAGCAUAUUGUAAAAAUUUAAAUGCCUCUGGGUGAGGCAUGCACUCUUCAGUUCCCCAUAGCAUCUCCCCACCACCGUGGUCCCAUGUAUGGACACACAUUACCACGAGUGUGUCACACCCAGAGUAGCUGAUUUACUCUACCCACCUGGCCACUAAUUUAUUGAGUGCAGUUCAAGUGAGAGAAUGAUGGACAGAAUAGAUGUCUCUGUACUCAGGAAGCUAUGUGUGCUAGUGGGGGAGACAGACUAAUGCAGCAAUCACAAACAGACAUGGUAGUAGCUCUAAACCUGCAGGGAAUUUCAAGCGUAGGUAAAGCACAGGGGGCGUUACCUGAGAUCAGCGAAGGCCUUCCCUAGCAGCGAUGAUCUAGCUGUGAUCCAGCCCUCAUGAUGGUGAAUAGCUGGGUUCUGGGGAGGAGUACUCCAAGCCUUGGCGGGGCAGUGUGAGAGCUUGUGUGUCUUACACAGGGCUUGGUACAUAGCAGGCCCCCGGGACACAGACCCUGGGUCUCCAGAUUGGACUAGCGCAGGAGCUAGGCUAAAGGGCCUCUUGGGAACUCCCCAUAUAGGAGCCCCCCUGCACACGUGCCUCAGUGUCUGGGCCCAGCCAUGCUCAGGUUGGGGGAUAGAGGUUGGGAAGCUGCAUGAACUGCUCCUUACGGUCUUGCCUAAGACCCCAAGAAUCUGACGGCUUCCAGAUUUUCUUACCCCACAAACCAGUCCCUGAAGUUGGUGCGGGGAUACCUCAGGGACGAAGAUUGUGAGAUCCUGACACGAGCGCAGCAGCAGUGAGCCACUCUGUGUGUCUGUGAAAACCAUUAUGCAAAUAAAGAGCUGUGCCCAGGGACCCGU